UAGUUACUUUGUCCCUAAUCUCCACAGCAUGACAGAGUUUACAUUUGGGAUCACAUUCGUGCGACAUGGGGAGACGCAGUAUAAUAAAGAUGGCGUGCUUCAAGGCCAGACUAUUGACUCAGACUUGUCAGAGAUUGGGCUGCAGCAGGCUGAGGCUGCGGGAUGCUACCUGAAAGAUGUUAAAUUCCACAACGUAUUUGUCAGCAGUAUGCUGCGAGCCCGGCAGACUGCAGAAAUGAUAUUGAAACACAACAGCAGUUGUUCUGGUCUACCAAUGGCAUGUGACCCUUUACUGAAAGAGGUGAACUUUGGGGUUGCUGAGGGGGGGCGAAUGCAGGACGUGAAAGAUAUGGCCAAGGCAGCUGGUCAGUCAUUUCCAGGCUUCACCCCUCCAGAGGGAGAGACUCAGGAGCAGGUGAAGGAACGGUUCAAAAAGUUUUGGGAGAAAAUGCUCCAGCAAAUCCAAUCCGAACAUUGGCUUGACAGAGGUGAGGGUGAAAGUGCCGUAGCUGUGACACCACAACCAUCUCCUGUGGAGGGAAAGGCAGACGAUGGGGUCAAAGGUGUUCCUGUCCAUGUACUGGUGGUCACCCAUGGGGCUUACAUGUGUGUGGCAAUGCGCUACUUUGUGGAGGAGUUACAUUGCCCAUUACCUGAGGGUUUUGACAAAACACGUAUGUUCUCUGUAAGUCCGAACACAGGCCUCUGUCGGUUUAUACUAACCUUGAGGAAAGAUAAGGACACUCUCAAAUCAUCAGGGAUCCACUGUGUGUUCAUGCACAGGGCGGACCAUAUUAAAAAGUAGGAGCUGCAUGUAUCAAGGUUUAGAGGUUAACCCUAACCCUUACGAAAUGUAUGGGAGUACAAUGUGGAAAAACUCACAGAAAGUUUACAAUUUACAUUAUGUAUUUAUUUAUGCAUUCUGUAUUUAUUUUAC